UCCCAGCUUCACUAAGGUUUGCUCUGUCCCAGAUACCUUCAAUCUCUCAUCUGUGUGACCCAUGCUGUAAUAUUCCUACCUGAUCUUCCUUAGCAAUGAUUUUAUUUCAUAUUGCGCUUCUGUUCGCCUUCUGCGGGGCAAGUAAAGGCCAAGAACAAACGUAUGUUAUAACAGGACCUAAAUUAUGGCGUAUUGGCGCUUCGGAAACAGUGGUUGUUCAGAUGUUUGGGCAAGAAGGAAACAUUAACAUAGAGAUUUCUGCAAGAAGUUUCCCAGAUAAAAAAAAAGUUUAUGCUUCUCAGCAUCUGGUAUUGACCUCUGGCAACAGUUUCCAGGGAAAAGUAAAUCUAAUGAUACAACCCAAAGAUUUACCCAGAGAUGGUGGUUCAAAAAAGUUUGUUUAUCUAGAAGCCCGAACUGGAUCGUUCACACAAGCCGAAAAGGUGCCGGUGUCAUACCAGAAUGGAUUUAUAUUCCUGCAGACAGACAAACCUGUUUACACUCCAGAUCAGUCAGUAAAAAUCCGAGUGUACUCUUUGGAUGAGGAGCUGAAGCCGGCACUACGUAACGUCAAGCUGACAUUUAAGGAUCCAGAGGAUGUGACAGUGAAUAUUGAGACAUCCCAGGAUUUGACUGGAAUUAUUUCUAUUCCUGAUUUCAAGAUCCCAAACAACCCCAAGUACGGCAUAUGGAAAAUCGAAGCGGCCUAUGAAAGUCAUUUCACAACAACAGCUGUUGCGGCCUUUGAAGUGAAAGAAUAUGUGUUGCCGAGAUUCUUUGUUUCCAUAGAACCUGAAAGGAACUUUAUUUGUUUUGACAAAUUUGAAGAUUUUUCAAUCAAAGUGAAAGCAAACUAUUAUUAUAAUAAGAAACUGAAUGCAGCAAAAACUUAUAUUCGCUAUGGAAUAAUCCUGGAUGGGGAAAGAAAAAUGUUGCCCAAAUCAAUUCAAGUACAGCAGAUGACUGACGGAGAGGCUGAGUUCAAAUUUAAUACCAAGUCUGCAAUUGAAGAACUGGGAUACUCGCAACUUAAAGAUCUUGAUGGUGGUUAUUUGUAUAUCACUGCUUCUGUUCAGGAGUCCGCAGAGGGACAUGCAGAAGAAACUGAAAGUGCUGAUGUCAAAUUUGUUUUAACUCCAUACAAACUGAGAUUAAUAGGUACCCCUCUCUUUGUGAAGCCAGGACUUCCAUUUUACAUAAAGGCUCAGGUGAAAGAUACGUUAGAUAAACCAGCUGGAAAGAUCCCACUCACCAUGACGGCCUUGGGAUUUACAGCAGAAAGAGAUGAGAUACCACUUAAUGGCCACAAACCAGACGAGAGAAUCACAGACAUAAUUGAUGGAUCAGCUCUGUUUUCUUUAAAUAUUCCACAAAAUAUUGUGUCACUGGAGUUUGAGAUAAAAACAGCUGACACUAAUCUUCUAGAAGAAAACCAAGCGUCAAACCGCUACACAGCAAUAUCGUACUCGUCACUGAGCAAAAGCUACCUGUACAUUGACUGGGCUGUAGGAUAUAAAGUGCUGCGUGUAGGAGAUUUCUUCAACGUUAACGUAUUUCCCAGCAGCCCUUAUCUUCCUAAAUUAAAGCACUACAGCUAUCUGAUUGUGUCUAAGGGGAAGAUAGUACAAUCAGGAACAGUAAAUAAAGCUCAAGGAUCUGUGUUCCAAAGCCUGAACCUGCAGGUAACAGAAGACAUGGUCCCCUCGGCACGUCUGGUGGUGUAUUAUAUUAUCACUGGAGACACCACCGCCGAGCUGGUCGCUGACUCUGUCUGGCUGGACAUCAAAGAAAAUUGCGUCAACAAUCAAAAGGUGGAACUGUUAACACAAAAAAAGAACUUUAAACCUGGACAGACGAUGCCUUUAACUCUUUUUGCACAAACCAACACGUUAGUUGCCUUGUCAGCUGUGGAUGCAGCAGUGUUUGAUGUUACAAAAAAAAGCAACAGGCCACUUGAAAGAGUACUAAGGGAUUUAGAAAAGAGCGAUCUUGGUUGCGGAGCUGGAGGUGGGAAGGACAAUGCUGAUGUCUUCAGAUUAGCAGGCCUCACAUUUUUAACCAACGCUAACACAAAGGCUACUGAAAACUACGAAACAACCUGCAAUGAUGCCGUGAGAGCAAAGCGUUCAACUGACAUAGAUAAGAAAUUACACGAGAAAUUCAGCUCUUAUGUUGACAAAAGACAGAAGAAAUGCUGCCUGGAUGGGUUCAGCUGCUUUAAGGCCGAAAAACAAUGUGAUAAAGGUGAAAAACGAAUAAGAAUGACGAAGGGUGCGCCCUGCAUAGCUUCAUUUAAGGAUUGCUGUCAGUAUGCCAAGAAAUUACACGAGUCAAUUAAAGACAUCGAGUUGGGAAGAAUGCAUAUCAGAACAAUUUUUGAUAUAGAUGAACCACAGAUCCGCAGUUACUUCCCUGAAAGCUGGUUGUGGGAGGUUCAUAGCAUAAAAAACAGAUGGGGCUCUAACACUUUGUCUGUGACUUUACCGGAUUCUUUGACCACAUGGGAAAUCCAAGGCAUCGGCAUAACGCAGAAAGGUAUCUGUGUUGCUGAUCCAGUCAGUAUUCAUGUAUGGAAAGACAUCUUCUUAGAUGUGCAGUUGCCAUAUUCGGUGGUUCGAGGAGAACAGAUUGAGCUGAAAGCCUAUGUAUAUAAUUACAAGACAUCAGUAGUUAAGGGUUGUGUCAGAAUGUCAGUGCCGAAGGAAAUCUGCCUAUCCAAAAAUACCUUCAACAAAGAUAGAGAAAGGAAGUUAUGUACUGCCCAAGACUUUAUGCCUUCGUCAGUGAAGGUGUUUACAUUCACCGUCCUGCCACUGGAGCUCGGGCUGCAUACAAUGAACUUUACUCUGAAUGCUGAAUUCAAUAAUGAAAUAGUGGUGAAAACCUUACGUGUUGUGCCAGAAGGUAUUAAGAAAGAAAGAAACGCUGCAUUCACAUUGGACCCCCAAGGCAUUCAUGGUACUGUUAGAAAACGUCAUGAAAUAAACUACAGAGUUCCAGCAAACAUCGUGCCAAAAUCAAAGGUUGACAGAACUCUGAGUGUUAAAGGACACCUCCUUGGUGAAAUCAUCAAUACAGUGCUUAAUUCUGAAGAAGUAAACUUCCUGACGAGCCUUCCUCAGCACAAUGCGGAGACUGAGCUCAUGAGAGUGGUCCCAAUAUUUUACGUUUACCAUUAUCUGCAGACUAUGGACAGCUGGGACAUUCUGGGACCCAACCCCAUAGCAUCAAAGACCCAACUGGAACGCAAAAUGAAGGAAGGUGUUUCUAGUCUGCUGGCAUUCAGAAAUAGGGAUUUCUCCUAUAGUGUCUGGCGGGACAGCGAGCCCAGCACAUGGCUAACAGCCUUUGCAAUGAGGAUAUUUGGUGAAAUUCAGAACUAUGUCUCCGUUGACCACAUGUCUGUCUGUAACAGCCUGCUCUGGCUGGUAAAGAACUCUCAGUUAGGAGACGGCUCAUUUAAAGACAACUCGCACUACCAGCCCAUAAUGAUUAAGGACAACGUGGCAAAAGAGUAUGAAAAAAAAAUGUAUCUCACAGCCUUCGUUCUCAUUGGAUUUCAGAAGACGUAUCGCAUGUGUCCUCUUGCUGAACUAACAAAAUCAAUAAACCUUGCCAAAGAAUAUCUGUCUAAGAAUGUCCCAACUGCACAAAGCACGUAUUCUGUGGCAAUCGCCGCCUAUGCUCUGGCACUUACUGAUGUUAAGUUCACUAGCACACGCCAUGCGUAUCAAAUCCUUCAAAAAGAAGCAAAUGUUAUAGGAAUCGGUAACCCCCCUGUAUAUCGCUUCUGGAAAGAGAGUUUAAAUAAGUUUGAUGCAACCGUCCCUAAUGCAGCGACUGCACAAAUGGUGGAAACCACAGCGUAUGCAAUAAUGACCUGCGCAAAGCUCGGUGAUCUGGAUUACUGUAACCCGGCUGUGCGAUGGCUGUCAGAGCAGCAGCGAUAUGGGGGAGGAUUCUUUUCUACACAGGACACCGCUCUCGCACUGGAAGCGCUGACAGAGGUUGCCAUUUCUAACAGAAAGCUGACUUUAGAUAUGACUGUAACGGUCAAUUACAGAAAAUCAGGCGAUUUCCAGAAAUACUUGCUGACUGCAAAAUCACCGCUAACAAAUCCUGCUGAGGUGCCAAUACCUGAUGAUCUGAUUAUAAGUACCGGAAGUACAUAUGGUAUCGCUACUGCUCGUGUCAGGACGGUGUAUCAUCUUAUUAGUACCUCCGAUGAAAUCUGCAGCUUCGAAUUAACGAUUGAGCGAAAGACUGACACAUCGGAAAGAACAUCAGUGUUUGAUGAAGAUAUGUCUAACAUUAUACGCCUGGAAGCCUGUGCAAAGUACAAAGCGUCUGAGUUUUCUAGCUCCGGUCAUGCAGUGAUGGAGAUCAGUUUGGUUUCAGGGCUGGAGGUGGAUGAACAGGAAUUGGCUUCGCUCGUGACGAGAGUAGAUCAGUAUGUAACAGACUACAGCAUUAAAGACGGGCGCGUCAUUCUUCAUUUUGACUCGAUUCCAUCAGAUGAAUUUGUCUGUGUUAUGUUCCCUGUCAUGGAACUCUAUAAAGUUGAGAGACUAAGUCCAGCAACCUUCUCGGUUUAUGAAUUCCAUGCGCCAGACAAGCGCUGCACAAUCUUCUAUAACCCAUAUGAAGACCAAAAACUGGUGCAAGUUUGCACGGGACAAGAAUGUAAAUGUGUGGAAGCUUAUAAAGUGGAAAUAGUGGGAUCAGAAGUAGAAGCGAAUUUUGUAAAAUACUCUGCAAUUAUUAAAUACAUUUUUAAAAAAGCCUAUCGUUAUUAG